AUGAACGCCGCUGUCUGGGUCAUGACACACAUGGGCAUUUAUGUGGGCGCCAAAGUCUUCCUCAUCUACAAGGUAAAGCUGAGGCGAGCUCUGUGUAUGUGGGGAGCAGGAGCCUCCUGGGGUGCAGGCUGGGGUCUGGUCUGUGUGGGUCACCCUGGGAGCCCUCAGAUGACCCUGGUGGAGCUAAUGUUUCAGACGUUCCAACUUGCAGCUCCACCCAGGUCAGAGGCACAGCUGCAGGGACCACAGAACAAUGGGCUCAGCUCUGUGAAGACAAGAAAAGCCACCAUGGUUUUGACAAAGAACCCAGGAACGGCGUUAAAGGCUUCUUUGGGCAGUGUCCAAUUUAUGUAGCAAUUUUCUUGGCCACAUCUGCGGAGCUUUUGUGAAACUCGUGUAGACUCAUGGAGCAUCCAAAUGAGGUAACAUCACCAUCAGUGCUCCUUCCCUGGCUCACUGCCUCGGGAAACCAACCUGACCCUGAAGGUAUGUAAGUCUCAGGCCCCACAAAAGUUGGAUCCAACCUUGAUGAGUUGCUUUUUCAUUGAGUUCUGUGGAGCUCAGGUUCCUGUGGAGGGUAGCAGAAGGGAAACUUCAAUUACAGCAUAUAUGGUCUGA